AUGUCUUUACUUUUUAGACAAACGUUCCCAUUUUUGCGACUUACAAUAGCUCCAAAUGUAACAGUAUUUAGAAGAUUCGGUUCCGAAGUUUCGAAUUCCGUUUCUUCUAAUACUACGAAAAAAGAAUCUGAAGACAAAGCCGUUAAAACAACGCCCGAAAUAACAAACAUUACAACUGCCGAUGUCAUUUCAGGAGCGCCAGAGGAACUUCAGUACAGAACAGUUAGAAUAUAUAAACCUACCAGAACGGCAAUGCAAUCAGGAGAACAUAAUACUAAACAUUGGAGAAUAAAUUUUGAUAUUUUGGAGGGAGGGGAUAGAUGGGAGAAUCCUCUGAUUGGAUGGGCUAGCAGUGGAGAUUAUAUGCAAGCAUUACAAAUGAAAUUCAAGACAAAGGAAGAUGCAAUUCAUUUCGCUGAAAAGCAAGGAUGGGACUAUUAUGUUCAAGAACAUAAUGAACCAGAAUUUCGUAAAAAAAUUUACGCAGAUAAUUAUAAAUAUACACCAGGAAAAUUAAGAAUUAUUAAAACAAAAUAA